AUGCUCGAGCAACUGCUGAACAUAAAGAAUCGCUUAACCGCGCUGAAACGGGAUCGCUCAAGCUACCUGCGCACACAAGACAUUCUACCGUUGAAAGACGAAACUGAAGAGCAGGUGGAAAAAUUGAGCAAGGUUCGUGGCAAUGUAUUGUUCUCGGAGGAUCGCUUGUCAAAUCGCACCGACGACGUGCUGGACGAAGUAUGUCAGCUGCUGAGCUUAUCGUUUUUAUGCUUGGGCAAGACUAGAGAAACACCUGCUGUGUACUCUCAGGUGAUAGCUAUCAAGCAAUGCUUUGACAGAUUGGAAGAAUUUGGAAUUUACGCUGAAGAGUUUCUGGAACCUUAUGAGAAAAAGUUAAAAGAAAUCGGACAAAUUCUUGAAAUCGACAAUCGAGACCAGGUUAUUCCCGAAACUGCUAUGAAGAUCGUCAACAUCAAGUUUAAGCAGUGCAAGCGCAUCUAUGAGAACUUGCUAGAUACGAUCCAUGAAGUCUCUCCUGAACUUGUACCGGUACGCAACCAACUAUUACGUGUCCGGCGUCAUCUAGUAUCCGUCGCAUGCAGAAAGUCGUUCAAACAAUCGGAUUUAUUAGGAGCCCAGGAGGAGUUGAAUGAAAUCGAUCAGAAGAGAGUGGAUGGCAAGUUCAUGGGCAAAGACGGGGUCAGUAUUCCACCAGGCCAGGCUGUUGUUGUCGGUCUCCUCGAGCAAAUUUAUGCAUACGCACACGAUCUGGUCCUUGUAGCGAGCAGCGACUUUUCACCUGCAUUACAGACAAUCCGUGAACGACUCGUUGAAAUCAAGACUCAGCUGGAGCGACUUGAACUUACGCACAAAUGGACAUUGCGACAGACCGAUCUAUUCACGUACCAACAUCAACUCCAUGAUAUCGUCAGUAUGCGAUGCUCGGACGAGGAAAGCCCCAAUUACGGCAAGUUUGUCGACGAGCGUGGUGAGGCCCCUGAAGGACAGACGGUGUUACUCUUUCUGCUUCAGAAAUGCUAUCGCAUGAUCCUUAUUCUGCUGAAUGAAAGCCUUCCGGUCUCAGAAGCACUGACGCCCAUAUAUAAUCAACUGUCCACCGUUCGUCAAUGCUUGCUUGCAGUUAGAAAUACUGGCGCACCUUGCUCUCCCGAAGAGCUCUACCCAUAUCAAAUGAAGUUGACAAGUAUCGACAAUUUACGCCGAGAUGGCAAGUUCCAUGAUGACGAAGGACAUAUCCCUGAAGGACAAGCAAUGUGCGUUUCGACGUUAGAGGAAUGCUACAGCCUUUUGGAUGAACUUCGUGACCAAAACCAAGGUAGCGAAAGCGCAUAA